UGUUAGGGUUCAUCACCGUCCUCUCGCUCGCUCGCUCGCCCUUUUUGUUCUGGCCUUGCUGUACCCUUUCGAAUUCCCAGUGAUUUUCAUGGAAUCUAGAUAUUGCUCUUCAGAUAGUAUGUGAAAUACAGCUCAUUUGGAUUCUGGGUCCUUGAGUUUUCCCAAGAUCGUUCGUUCUCGAGUCCAAUUGGGUGUCUUCUUUCUGGGUUUCUUGAAUUACUGUUGAGAUAUAUGGUCCAAUUCUUGUUCUAGGAUCGCUCUCUCGGUUUUCAUUGCUUCUUGAAUGCAGUUUUUGUUUGUUUCAUCUUGAACCCUAAUUUCACUGUGAAUUUGGGGGGGGGGUUUCAGUUCUAGCCUCCAAUUGGGUUGUCCUCUGUCUGGGUUGCCUCGAUUUGUACUGAUUUUCUCAAUCUUUUCACUUUCUCCACCAUCAACAGAUCUCGAACGCAAUUGGGUUAUUUUCCUUUCUAGUUUUCGUAACAGAAUUCGUAGCUUAAUCAAGCCGCCAUAUAUGUGAGAAAUGCCAGCAACGGAUUAUCAGGGUUCAUCCGCUUCAGUCUCGAAUUUCGGCCGUUCGAUUCUCGGUACGCGCCGCGCCGAUCAGUUCCAUUCCAUGGAGCCGAGCCACGAAGCCGCCAGCCAAGAGCUCGAACUCGAGGCCUUCCAGCGACAGGUCGCCGACCGAUUCCACGAUUUGUCGGCGGCCGCCUCCGAAGACCUUCUCUCACUUCCAUGGAUUCGGAAGCUUCUGGAUUCGUUCCUCUGUUGCCAAGAGGAAUUCAGGAUGAUUCUGUUCAACAACGAAGGGUUCUUGAACCGGCCGCCGAUGGAUCGCUGGAUUUCGGAGUAUUUCGAGAGGAGUGUGAAGGCUCUCGACGUAUGCAACGCGAUUCGCGACGGGAUCGAGCGAAUGAGGCAGUGGCAGAAGCAAUUGGAGAUUGUGUUGUGUGCUUUGGACAAUCAGAGGAGCCUUGGAGAAGGCCAUUUUCGCCGAGCCAAGAAGGCUCUGAUCGAUUUAGCAAUUGGGAUGCUCGAUGAGAAGGAGUCGAAUUCAGCGGUUGCGCACAGAAACCGGUCAUUUGGGCGCAAUAAUGCGCAGAGAGAUCACCGGUCGUUAGGCCAUUUUCGUUCGCUGUCGUGGAGCGUUUCCCGGUCCUGGUCGGCUGCUAGGCAGCUUCAGGCAAUUGGGAACAAUUUGGUUGCCCCCAAAACUAAUGAAACUAUGGCUACCAAUGGACUUGUAGUGGCAGUGUUCACUAUGAGCUAUGUUCUGUUGUUCGUAAUGUGGGCGCUCGUGGCCGCAAUCCCUUGCCAGGAUCGCGGCCUGCAGACUCAUUUCUACAUGUCUAGGCAGUUUGUUUGGGCGGUUCCAGUCCUCUCGCUGCACGAGAGGAUUCUGGAGGAGUCGAAGAAGCGGGAGAGGAGAAAUGCUUGUGGGUUGUUGAAGGAGAUUCACCGGAUUGAGAUAUGUGCGCGCCACAUGAAUGAACUGGCCGAUUCGGUUCAGUUCCCACUGACAGAGGAAAAGGAGGGGGAUGUUAAGCAGAGAGUAGAGGAGCUCAGGCAAGUUGUUGAAGCAGUAAAGGAUGGAUUGGAUCCAUUGGAACGCCAAGUGAGGGAAGUGUUUCAUAGGAUCGUUCGCAGCCGAACUGAGGGGCUCGACUCCUUUGGAAGGGGGAACCACCACGAUUAAUUAAACAACCGGAGUAUGCUCUGAAAUUUGGUUUCUUGGAUUGAAGAACAAGAACCAUUCAAGGAAUGAUCUAACAGAAUAAAAGGUUUAAGAAGGUAUAGUUCUUGUAUUUAUGAUGAUAGGUUUUGUAUAUGAGUUGGACCUUCCCCGUCCAUGCUGCUUUCUGGUAUUGCCAAUAUAAAAUCAGUUUUAAUUUGAGAGUAAAUUUACGUA